GGGCUCAGCGGGGCUCAGCGGGGCUCAGCGGGGCUUGCCGUGGCUCCGCGGUGUCUCCCUGCUGGUGGGGACAGGGAGGCCGCAGCGGGCCUGGUGCUGCGGGCACUGGGCCAGGGCCUGGCCUCGGCUGCGGGAAAAUGCAAAAUGCAGAAUUGAUGCAGUGGUUCUGCGGGGUAUUUCGGGAGAAGAGGGGGAAAAAAAAAAGAAAAGCAAUAAAAUAUGUCCGACGCUUCCACCUCCAUGGCCCGCUCUCUGCCCAGGGACUGGGGCGAGCUCCGUGGCUACGGCAAGCAGCGGGGCCGGGGGCUGGCGUGCAGGCCCCACCCCCCCCCCCACCACCACCAGCAGCAGCAGCACCCCAAAUCCUGCCCCCCCCCCCCCCCCCGCCGCCCCCCCCCCCCCCCCCCCCCCGCCCCCUCCCGCCCCCGGUGACCGACGGCGCCCGCGCGCUCCGGCCGCUCCGCGGGGCCCAGGUCCCUGUUCUGCCUUUAGGUGCUCUUCUCGGCUCCUCCCGGCACGGUACUUCGCUUUCAAAAUUACGUCUCGAUGCUUCCUCCUUCUUUGACUCCCACUGUUCUUACACACCGGGCUUGGGAACUUCACCAAAGAUCCCCUAG